ACACCAGCCUCUUUGGAAGCCAGGCUGCCUGGAGAGGAUGGCUUUACCAAAGGUGAUCCGGUUGGCCGUUGUUCUUUUGGUUAUAUGUUGCGCCCUGGACAAGUCCGGAUUCAGACACUCUGUGUCCGUCUUCUUAGAGGAACUGACGGCUGGUAAAUCACCAACCCUUCAUGUUAGAGAGAAAAGAGAAACUUUUACGAAUUUCACUGAUUACGAGUUCCAAGUUGUUUUAAGUCUUUCUGAGCUGGAGAUUCUUCAGACGAUUCUCAACAACCUCAGUUUUCCCAUACUCAUCGACAGCACCAGUGAGAUUUCCAACAUUGACGCCACGACAGUGUGUUCACGAAAUAUAAGUGGGUACCAGUGUGUGUGCGAGGAGAACUUUGCCUGGUCUUAUAACAGCUGUAUUACCUAUGGAGUGUGUGAUGCCAUCGUUGGUGACACAUGUGGCUGCAUUAACGAGCUUCCAGCUGACGGUCAGUUCUGCCAGGUGAACAGCAGCCAAACAGAGCUGGUGGACUUCGAUGUGAUCCUUGACCUCCGCAUUCCGCUCUCAGGCGUUCCAGACGACAUACUUGAGUUCAUCCGAAGCGUUCUGGGGAAUGAAACCUUCCCUGCAACCAUCUCACAGUCUUUGGAAGUGACAGAGAUGCUACUAACCACCGCCUGCUCUCCAAACUCCACUGACAGGCUGCUGUGUGAUUGUGAGGAUGGUUUUGCUUGGCCAUGUGACAAGUGCAACGGCAGCAACUCAUGCAGCAACGUCAGCAGUCAAACCUGUACUUGCAUAUAUGGACUUCCUUCUGACAACGAGUACUGCCAGCCAAUCACAAAUAACUCCUUCUGCCCAACUCCACCUCCAGUAUUGACAAUGAUGACAACAGCCAUGCCAAGUACAACAACACCGUCUCCUCCCACAAAUUACGAAACAUCAACCAUCCUGACAACCACAUCGUCUCCUCCACCUUAUGAAACAUCAAUCGUCAUGUCAACUACAUCGUCUCCUCCAACACCUUAUGAAUCAGAGGACAUUGGCAUCGUUCUUGAUUUGCACAUCCCGUUCUCCAACGUUCCACCCGAUAUCCUUGAUUUGAUAAGAGCAGCUUUGGAAAAUGAAACAUUUCCUGUGACACUCUCACAGUUUGUAGAAGUGAUAGACUUAAACUUGACCACAGCCUGCUCUCCAAACGCCACUGAUGGACUGAGGUGUGAAUGUGAGGAUGGCUAUUCUUGGCCGUGUGACAUGUGCAAUGGAAACAAUUCAUGCAAAGAUGUCAGCAGUCAAACUUGUACAUGCAAAUAUGGACUUCUUUCCAAUGAAGAGUUCUGUCAACCAAUCACAAACAUUGAUUUGUGUCCCACGACUUCUCCAGCCACAACAACAGCCACCCCAACCACAACGUCUGUCAUGCCUACCACUAUGACUGCCAUGGAAACAGGCUAUCUGAAUACAUCAACUCCUUCAGCAACUGAUGUGGAACUUUAUGUGCUCCAUGAAUUGUUCAUCCCAGUCGCCAGUGUGCCACCAAACAUAGUUGAUUUAUUCAGAGCAGCACUCAAAAAUGAAAGCUUCCCUGUAACCCUCACAUCUUCUUUAAAAGUUAUAGAACUAAAUAUAACAACAGUACUGUCAGCCAAUUACAGUGCCAAACACAACAACAAUACCAGAAAUGACAACAGUGACAAAUGCAACAAUGCCAGAGAUAACAGUGACAAACGCAACACCAGAAAUAACAACAGUGAAAAACGCAACAACGCCAGAAUUACCAACAGUGACAAACACGACAAUACCAGCAAUGACAAAUGCAACAAUGCCAGAGAUAACAGUGACAAAAGCAACAACAUAACAACAGUGACAAACGCAACAACACCAGAAAUAACAACUGGGACAAACGCAACAGCGCCAGAAAUAACAGUUACUAAUGCGACAAUACCAGAAAUAGCAACAGUGACAAAUGCAACAACAGAGAUAACAGUGACAAAUGCAACAACAUUAGAAAUGACAUCUGUGACAAAUGCAACAACGGCAGAUAUAACAGUGACUAAUGCAACAACACCAGAAAUAACAGUGGCUAAUGAAACAACACUAGAAAUAACAACAGUGACAAACGCAACACCAGAAAUUACAGUGGCUAAGGCAACAACACCAGAAAUAACAGUGACAAAUGCAACACCUCCCCCAAAAAUAACAACAGUGACAGAUGCAACAUUGACAAAUAUAACAGUGAUAUUUGCAACAACACCAGAAAUGACCACAGUAACAAAUACAACAUCAAAGAUGACCACAGUGACAACAAAAAUCAUCCCAACAGUAGCCACAACAACUGUAGCUUCUGUUAUAAAUGGGACAUUUACUCUUAACAUGGAUUUCAAAGCGUUGUAUAAUAAUGAAAACAGUUCUGUUUAUAAAGAUAUUUAUGAUGCUACUAAAACGAAAUGUCAGGAGCUUGUGUCAAAAGAUUGUACUGUGAAGAGUCUAACCUUUCGGAGUGGAAGUACCAUCGCUGACUACACUCUCAUUAGUUCUUCUGGGGAUGAAAAACUAUUUGAUUUAGCAAAAGAUAAAGUGUUAAAUCAACUGGCAGCAAAGUAUCCUGUGGACUUUGUCAGUGUUAAACAAUUAACUACAUCAGUUGAUCCCGGGACAAUAAUUGCUGGGGUUUCAGUCACCCUGACAUGUGGACCUCCUCCGACUAAUCUGGGUUCAGACCUGACGGUGGAGUGGACACGUUCUGGAACUCUCCUGGACACAGUUACACCCAGCCAAGACAGAACAUCAAUAUACACAAUCCCAAGGUUUUUGAAAAUUCAUGAUGGAACAUAUGUGUGUAAAAUGAAGCGGAACGAUGGUGCCACUUUCACACAGAGCCUCACCUUAACGUCCAAAGCAGCACCACAGAUUACCGUGAACCCAGUCAGAGGAACGGUGCAAUGUGGUGAUUCUGUGUCUGUGUCGUGUUCUGUUAACACUGGCUACCAGGUUCAAUUUAAAGACCUGAAUCUUCCAACUCCUGGUUUGGAAAUCAACUAUGUGUAUAAAGCCCCUGAUGGAUGUACCGAACGGAAAGAGACGAUAACCUGCCAAGUGACAACUAACCCACAGGAUUAUAAAAUAAUAACUCUGGAAUUAAUCAAAGCUGUUGUUUGUAAAGCUGACGGUGUAUUCAGUGCCGGAUCGGUAGGUUUUCAGGCUGUUGCAUCCUGUGAAAAAGGCAAGGUGGGAACCAUAACAGCAGUUUGUAAGGCGGAUGGCACGUAUGGAGAUAAACAAGACAACUGUGUUCUAGAAGUCGUACAGAAUCUGCUCAGUGAGUCGGAGGCAUUGGAUGUUGUUACUCUGCCAGCAUUCUUGGAAGACCUCAAGGGUGCAACUAAGAACAACUCUAAGACCAUAACUGACUCUCCAGCCACCAUCAGCGCCAUGGUGAAAAUCUUUGCAAAUAUUGGCAGGAGGGCCAAUUCUUUAAAAAUCACAAUAUCUGAACAGUCUACAAAGAAUCUCCUGGAAAGUGCAGGCAUUCUUACCAGUGACGCUGCAAAAGGCUCAUGGGAUGAACUGAACAAUAACAACAAAAGUGAAAGCUCAGAAAACAAAAAUGCCAGCUCUUCAUUUUUGAGCGCCUUUGAAGGGAUAGCAGCCCACGUCGUCAACGAACCUUUGAGCAUAAAUACACAGUAUAUUCUUUUCACCAAAGUUAAUUUCACAAACAUUUGCAAGGAUGACUUUAAUUCCUCCGUGGAAAUAAACAUACCACAAGCUGAGGGAAGCAGGCAGUCAAUCGCAGUAAUGUUAUUUGCUUCCAUGGACAACGUGCUUCCUGCAAGGGAAAGCGUGAACACGUCAUCCAGCGUCAUCAAUGGAAGGGUGGUGCUUAUUCAUCCAGAAUCAGACAUUAACAACAUAUCGAUAGCAUUUGAUGUUCUGAAUGAGACCCUGGGAAAGCCUAAGUGUGUUUUCUGGGAUUUCGAUCUGUUUGACAGUCUUGGAGGAUGGAGUGAUGAAGGCUGCGCCUUUGUACUGAACGAAAACGGAACAGUCAGGUGCAACUGCAACCACACCACCUCCUUCUCCAUUCUGAUGUCACCUGACAGCCCACAGGAUAUUGUGUUGGACUUUAUAACCUACAUUGGACUUGGCAUAUCCAUGGGCUCCCUGAUUGUAUGUCUCAUCAUUGAAGGCAUCGCAUGGAGAAAAAUAAGAAGACAUUCAACGUCGUACUUGCGUCACGUCUCCAUCGUCAACAUCGCAGUGUCUCUCCUGAUUGCAGACAUUUGGUUCAUUAUUGGAGCGGCCGUUUCAAACACAAAAAGUGCGCCGGCCUGCACAGCCGCUACCUUCUUCAUCCAUUUUUUCUACCUGGCCCUGUUCUUCUGGAUGUUAGCCUCGGCCCUGCUGCUGCUCUACCGGACCCUCAGUGUCUUUGAGGGAGGGCUGUCUAAACUAACCAUGCUGAUCAUCGGAUUCUCUUUGGGAUAUGGAGCUCCGCUGAUCAUUGCAACAAUAACUAUUGCUUCAACUGCUCCCUCGAAUGAGUACAUCCGGGAAAAUGUCGUCUGUUGGCUCAACUGGAACCAGUCCAAAGCUCUGCUGGCCUUCGUGGUCCCUGCUCUCAUGAUAGUGGUGAUAAACUUAAUCAUCCUGGUUGUGGUGUUGUACAAAAUACUGAGCAGAAGAGGUGGAGCAAAUGCAUCCCAAGCAGAAGGGAAGAAUGUUCUGUACGUGAUUGCCAGGAGUUUGGCUGUGCUCACGCCGUUGUUCGGGCUGACUUGGGGUUUGGGAGUCGGAGUCAUGCUCAGCCCAAAAAACAGAGGGAUGCAAAUUGCGUUUGCAUUGUUCAACUCAGUCCAGGGUUUCUUCAUUCUGGUGUUUGGAACACUGUUGGACAAAACGGUGCGAUCAGCGAUGACCAAAUCUCAGGGAUCUUCCUCGCGUAGCAAGACAACAAGCACCAGUGCUGGAACUCUUUACAGCUUCUUUAACAAGCUGAAAAAACCAAGACGUCCUACAGGUGGCUACCACAUGUCUUCUCGUGGAUCCAACACUUAAUCCAAUGCAAAGUCAAGCAAAUCAAUAUUUUUUUUUUUUGUACAGAAUUUGUUCUCAUCAAGUUUGAUUUGCUUUUUAAUGGAUUGUGAACAAGUGAAGGAAACUGAAUCCAUUGCUUUCAGCAGCUGCUACUUGUAAUAAUAAAUCUUUCUUCACAUAAUGUACGCAUGUCUUUUUAAAAUGUAUAAUAAUCAGCAGUAAUGUCUGUAAACAUUUUUCAUCCCAACUUUUGACCAAAUGUUUCCUUUGUUUCUUAUGGUCUCAGAUUUAUUUUGUGGAAAAGGGCAAAUUAUGUUAAAUUUUGAGAAGCUUAUAUCAGAUUAUUUUGAAUAAACACAUAAUUUACAAAGUAAUAUACAUAAUAUACUACGUUUCAUUUCAAAAAGUAGAUGCGGAGAUGUUGCAUUUUUGCAAAGCAAGUUACCCAAAUGACUUUAAUCCAAUUAUGACUCUAAUGUUGCUGUAACAUAACACUUCUACUAUUAAUGUGAAGUAAUGAAUUUUAUUUCGUAGUAGCUGUUGACGCUUCCCUGUUUUGUAUAAUGUGCAUGUAUGUGUGUGUGUUCUACUUUUA